AUGCAAUCAUCGCAUCGAUUAAUCUCUCGUCUCCUUCAUUCCCCAGGGAAAAGUUACAGUAGAGCAACAAGUGUCGGUGGCUCACUUCACUUAUUGUGGCAAUUCGAUGAGAAAAACGAUGGCUUUGUCGAAACCCAUCAUCGGAGUUUUAGCUCUCUUAUCCGUUCAAAUCCACAGUUAAAAGGGUUUCUCUCUUCGAAAGGAAUUGGUGUCCGAUGUUCUGUUUCGCUUGAUAGAGAAACUCCGUUGAUUGAUUCGUAUUCUUCUCACCGGAAUUUCUUCACGAGGGCUAAACAAGUGAAGAGAAUUGAGAUUAAUGAUCAACAUAGUCAAAGAGCUGUCACUACUGCACUAUGGUGUAACUUCCUUGUGUUUUCACUUAAGUUUGGGGUUUGGUGGACAAGUUCUAGCCAUGUUAUAAUGGCUGAAGUAGUUCACUCCGUAGCUGAUUUUGCUAACCAGGCACUUCUUGCUUAUGGGCUCAGUAGCUCGAGGCGUGCACCAGAUGCACUUCACCCCUAUGGCUACUCAAAAGAAAGAUUUGUAUGGUCAUUGAUAUCGGCUGUUGGCAUCUUUUGCCUUGGCUCUGGUGCUACCAUAGUUAAUGGAGUACAGAACUUGUGGACUUCUCAGCCACCUCCAAAUAUGGAGUUAGCUGCACUGGUAAUUGGUGGUUCUUUUCUUAUUGAAGGGGCUUCGCUUCUCGUUGCAAUUCAAGCUGUCAAAAAAGGAGCUGCGCAAGAAGGCAUGACCGUAAGAGAUUAUAUAUGGCGUGGUCAUGAUCCUACUUCUGUUGCUGUUAUGACUGAGGAUGGCGCUGCAGUGACGGGUUUGGCAAUUGCUGCGGCUUCUCUUAUUGCUGUUAAGAUGACAGGAAAUCCUAUCUACGAUCCUAUAGGAUCGAUUGUAGUUGGAAAUUUACUUGGAAUGGUAGCUAUAUUUCUCAUUCAACGGAACCGACAUGCCUUGAUUGGAAGAGCAAUGGAUGAUCAAGACAUGCGUAAAGUUCUUCAUUUUUUAAAGAACGACUCGGUUGUAGAUUCUUUAUAUGAUUGCAAAAGUGAAGUGAUUGGACCUGGAUCCUUCAGAUUUAAAGCUGAAAUAGAUUUCAAUGGGCAGGUUGUUGUCCAAAACUAUUUGAAGAGAACCGGGCGUGAAGAGUGGGCAAAACAGUUUCAUGAGGCUGCAAAGAGAGGAGAUGAUUCUGCAAUGCUCAAUCUAAUGUCUAACUAUGGUGAGGAAGUUGUUACGGCUUUAGGAUGCGAAGUAGACCGGUUAGAGAAAGAGAUCCAAGAGCUUGUCCCUGGUAUCCAACACGAGAUGACAGAAGUGACAGGAGGCCUGAGGCGUCGACUCGCUUCUAUGUUCGAUUGCUGUUAUGUGGAUUCGAAUGAACCAGAUGAGUAUGAACCAUAUGUGUACAUUCCAGCGAAUAGUUACACUUAUUCGAAGGUUACGAAAAUGACGAAUAAGUUCAGUAGAGUUCAUGGCAAAGGAGUGUUUGGUGUAGUUUAUCUUGGAGUUUUAAAGAAGCAACAAGUAGCUGUUAAGAUGCUAAACCGAACAUCCAUCUAUAACAUUGAACAGUUUACCGCAGAGGUUCAUGAUUUUGUAAAAGUUCGUCACAAAAACUUGGUGACCCUCAUUGGAUAUUGCGAUGACGGUGAGCACUUGGCGUUAAUCUACGAGUUUGUGGCAAAUGGAAACUUGAAUGAUCAUCUAUCUGGGAAGUUUGGUAAUGUCCUUAGCUGGGAACGCAGGUUGAAAAUCUUCAUAGGCGUAGCACAAGGUCUGGAGUAUUUGCAUAGCGAGUUGCGAGUCCUUCACAGAUACCUUAAGCCGACAAAUAUCUUACUAGACGGAAACUUUGAACCAAAAUUAGCUGAUUUCGGGCUGUCUAGAUCCUCCCCAACCGACCUUGACACAUGGGAGUCAAAUAAGAUUUAUGUUAAACCUGGAAGAGAUCCAUACCUGGAUGACCAAUACUUCAGCUCAAACUAUUUAACCUAUAAGAGCGACAUUUAUAGCUUUGGCAUUGUUCUGUUGGAGAUGAUAACCAAUCAGCCUGUGGUUGACGCCAAGCGUGAAAGUCCUCACAUUUCCAAGUGGGUCGAUCUGAAGGUCGCGGAAGGCGACACUCUAGAGAUGGUUGAUCCCAGGCUAAACAAUAACUCUGAGCCUAACUCAGUUAUGAAAGCUAUGGAGAUAGCACGCGCUUGUACAGCUCAUGCUAGUAAUAGGCCAAGCAUGAGCCAGGUUGUUAUAGAACUCAACGAGUGUCUAGCCUUAGAGAUGGCUCGGGAUCCUGGAAGGACUGGGUAG